AAUACAAUAAAAAAGAAAAACAAGAACCCAAACGUAUUUUCAAUGCAUGUAACACGCAUGCGCAAUGCUGCUGCUCCUUUCGUUGUCUUGGUAACAAGAUUAACAAGCGUUUACGUGACAUCUGAAAUCCAGGUUGAAAGUCGACAUUGUAAAAACAGAAAACGAAAAGAUGAAGCGAAAUAGUUCAACACUAACCGCCUCCUCUCGGGCGAUGAGAAGAUCCACUUCGGGGAUGCAGCGAGUCCUCCACAGUUCGAGAUACACAGGGAGCGUCGCGGGUUUCCAUAGCCGAAAAGGCUCCAGGAUGCUUUCGGACAGCAAAACGGGUCGAAGCUUAGCUCAGAGGAAAGCCAUUAGGGUGCUGGAUGAGGAUGGCAAUGAUGUCACACCUCGGCCCCUGUAUGAAGCCGAGCCCAAGGACCCACACGCCAAACCGCAGCGAUCCUUCUUUGACGAUUACUACUCCAGAUGGGACACUUCCAAAUCCUCCUCGUUUUCCAUUGUGCCCUCUUCCGGGUCAAGGUGGAACAGCAGCCUGCCCAGCAUUUCGACCAGAGCCUCAUUGGUCUCUCAAAGCGGCGUGGGCUUCAGCAUGUUGGACACCAGCCAACCACUCGGUUGUUAUUCCCUCACAAUUAGAUGGGAUGGCAAACGGAACAAUAUUGUUACCUGCUUUCCUCCCUUCCCAGAGACAGCCAGACAAGUUGUGAGUCAACAGACACCGGAGGAGAUUCCUUUAGAUGAGGUGUUGAGCAUCUACAUGACUGAAACGGACACCAUCAUACUUCUGGAUCUGCCCAGCACUUGCAUGUCAGAGGAGGCUGAAAACGCUCAGGCCACUAAGGAGAGCAACACCCUCUAUAUUGAGCUGUGCAACAACAGAUUGGGCAACGACAAAUACGUAGAGCGAGCCAUGCAGACCUUCGUCGGCGCGGCUAAACACAAAAAAGUCCAGAGCGAAAAGAUUGUCAUGCACGAUCAAGGCACCAUCGCCACCAUCUGGGAAAUAUACGACUCGUUCCAAAAUGAAGCUCCGAAAGCGGAGAAGGCCAACGCUGUGGAAAGCAUGGUGGACAUUAGCAAAGAUCCAAAGCGGUUGGGAAGCUUCAGCAGUAUCAGCACAGUCGGCACCGCCAGUACCGGGAGCUCCCUGUUCAAGAUGCAAGGGGGCGAUAUGAGCGACGAGCCCGAGCUGCAGGUGAUCUUCAAGUCGGAAACGUUCCAGCGCAACUUGCUGAUCAUGGAACGUUGCCUCGUGGCCAACGUCUUUCAACCCAAGCUGGCUGCUUAUAGAAGCCUCCCCGAGAUAAAAGAACUCCCCGCCGAAACGAAGCCUGACUCCGAGAAGCUCACCAAGGAGGACGAGGAGGAAGACGAUGAGGAGGAGGAAGCAGACGAGAUGGGGAAUGAGGAACCGGAGCUAAAGGAGGAGGAGCAGGUGAUAACGGACGAGGAGCAGGUGGAAAAGGAGGAGAAGGAGGAAGUGGAAAAGGAGGAAGAGGAAAAAGAGGAGGAGGAAGAGCCAGAUCCUUCUCUGGAACUACUCUGGACCUUCAGUUGCCAGCUCACCAAAGGAUGGAGCAUCACCUGCAUGGCUUGGAACAAGCAGAACGUGGAUCUGCUGGCCGUCGGCUACGGUAACUUCAGCCCUGGGAGUAAAGGCCUGAUCUGCUGCUGGUCCAUCAAGAAUCUGAGCUGGCCAGAGCGUCUGUACCACUGUCACAGCGGCAUCACGGCACUGGAUUUCUCCUCCAACAACCCCGACAAGUUGGCGGUGGGGAUGCACGACGGCACGGUCGCCAUCUUCAGCGUGUCCGAUCGAGAAAGCCGCACGUUCCUCGCCAGCAGCAUAGAUUGCAGGAGGAGGCACGUUCAUCCCGUGUGGCACGUCACCUGGGUCAGGCAGGAGAUGUCGCUUUCCGAGGAGGAUGUGGUGGAAUCAGUCAUGUCCGUGUCGGAGGACGGACAUGUCCUCAAGUGGCUCCUGUGCAGCCACGGCCUGGAGGGCGUCGGCAUGCUCGAGCUGAGGAGAAUCCAAGACGGCAUCAAGAAGGGGGAAGGCAACAAAACCAAGAGAGAGGGUAUUCUGGUUUCCACUGCAACGCCUGGUCUUUGCUUGGAUUUUCACCCUAGCGAUCCCACUAUCUACUUGGCCGGCACUUCAGAGGGUGUUAUCCACAAGUGCUCCGUGUCCAACCACCAUCAUUACCUGGCCCUUUAUCAGAAACACCUGUGCCCCGUCAACCAAGUCCAAUGGUCCCCGUUCAGCCACGACGUGUUCCUGAGUGGCUCCGCCGACUGGACCGUCCAGUUGUGGAAGGAGGGCUGCCUGACGCCGGUGAUGGGCUUCACCUCCAUCCAGAGUCCCGUGCUGUCCGCCGGGUGGUCCCCGCUCUGGCCCUCGGUGUUCGCCGCCAUCAAAAGCGAACAGCUGGAGAUCUGGGACUUGAACGCUUCCUUGCUGGACCCCGUCAUCGUGGAGCCCGCCGCACGGGGCCUCAACUUGACCUCCAUGCUGUUCGCCAGGGACUCAAAUUGCAUCCUGGUCGGCGACUCGAGUGGACAAGUGAAAUUCUACAGGAUCCUGAACCUCAGCGUGGGGCCGGACAAGACGGUGCCAAGUUUGGAGGAAAUCAUUCACUUUCCUACCAGUACUUCGUAGUUUUCACCAACAAAGUGUGACUGAGAUGUUCAUAAAAGUGUGGUUUCGAUCAGUGUCCGCUUCGCUGAUUAUUAUUAGCACUAUUUGCGAACCACUUGUCAGGCGCACAGUCCAGGAAUGCGUUGGCUAACGUGGUUAUUCAUGGAUGACAGCGUUUCUUUUCACUCGGACCGAGCGGCCAUGCAGCUGCUCUGUCCACUCAUCGGCGACUGGCAGCAUGUGAAUGCGCGUGGGCCCUCACAUUCCUCCAUUUCAUAACCAGACACAUGUCAAAAGCUAAAAUAGACACACCUGCUCAUGCUAGCUGCUCGCACUUGUACUUGUCCUUCGCGGCCACCUAAGUCUCAUCACGACAAGUUUCAAAGGCCGCCAUGCCAGUGCACUUCACUAGCGCUUGUUUAUAGCAGGAUGCUGGACAGCAGCUUUCAAAUAGUGUUUGAACGGUUUGAAGUGUUUCUGGGUUUACAUCCCAUUUCAGAACGAAACACGGUUGAUUCACAGAGAAGUGAAACCCUCCACAUUGGACUACAUCACUUUACGUUGUUGCAUACUUCAAUACAAUUGUUAUACCAGGCUGACCCGCCCACAUUAUAUACUCCUUUGUGCCUGUCAUGCAUAUAGUAUAAAAUACUAUAUGUAGAGUUUGUAUAUCUUUGAUACAUACACAGGCCUUACUUGCAUUAUCUUUUGUUUUUUUUAACCUAAAUAUUAUUUCUCCUUUCUGAAAUCAUUGUCACUUAAACUGUAUUUUAUCAUGAGAUACUUGCAUGAUUAUUUUUUUCUUUCAAAUAAAGACCUUGAAUGAAAGCAAUUUCGAAAAAGAAUGAGACGAAAACAAAAAAAAACACGAAAAAAUUGAGACUUUUUGAUAUUUUUAAAACUUGUCUUUUUUUUCUUCGAUACCUUCAUUGAAUAACUAGGAAAACAACUGCUGAACCCCGAUUAACUACUUUAGAAAUGAAGCGUUUGUAAGUUAGUUAGGUUGCUAGCUAAUUUCCUGUGCGGUCGACUGCACUUUGAAUCACCCGGAUGUGCCACACUGUCCAAUUAGCGUGGAGGUGGAGCUCCGAGAGGUGGGACAACUGUUGUUCACGCUGGAGUUGAACGCUGGCAACCCGGACACAUCCUCCGAGACUUGCCGGAACAAUUCGGACCGGACAGAAAAAGUGCCCCCACAGUCGCUCCUAAUGCUUCGGGUGGGACAACGGGAAUGCCUUUGAUACACGUGACCAUUCCAUCCACGGUGAGGGAAGUGGACGAGGU